AUGCUUUCGUUGCACCAUCGAGCUUCACCAAAGAAACUCGGAAAUUCCCUAUUCUUCUCGCAUCAUCAUCAUUUGUUGCAAAGGUUCUUGCCAUUUAGUAAAAACAUUUCAAUCAUUGACGGGAGAUUCAUUCAACAUCAACAGGCUGCAUUAUUUCAUUACAAGCAGGAAAAUGUAAAAUCAUCAUCAUCAGAACUAGAUGAUAAUUCCACCAACAAUAACAACAGCAAAUUGAAUACAAUACUGGCACCUAGUUAUGAACCACAAAAUGUAGAGAAAGAUUGGUAUGGAUGGUGGGAAGAAAAGGGCCUCUUCAAAGAAAAUUCUCAAGGCUCAACGUCUGCUCCGAGUUACACCAUCUUACUUCCUCCUCCGAAUGUUACUGGUAGUUUACAUAUUGGCCAUGCUCUGACAGCCUCCAUUCAAGAUUCCUUAUGUCGAUACAAAAAGAUGAACGGUUAUAAUGUGUUGUGGGUGCCCGGUGUAGACCAUGCUGGAAUUUCAACACAGGUUGCAGUAGAGAAGAAAAUUGCAAAGGAGGAAGGAAAAACAAGACACGAUUUGGGACGAGAGGAAUUUUUGAAAAGAGUUUGGCAAUGGAAAGAGGAAUAUGGAAAUAGAAUUGACCAACAAAUGAAAGCGAUGGGCUCCAUGACGGAUUGGAGUCGAAAAGUAUUCACAAUGGAUACACAAUUUUCAAACGCUGUUUUGGAAUGCUUUGUGAGAUUGGCUCGAGAUGGCUUAAUUUACAGAGACGCAAAAUUAGUGAACUGGUGUCCCCAGCUCAAUACAGCCAUUUCAGAUAUUGAAGUAGAUUACUUGUCGUUAAAAAAAAAGACAAAAGUAAUGGUUCCUAGUUGUGAAGAAAAAUCGUUUGACUUUGGAGUCAUGCACACGUUCAAAUAUCCUGUAGUUUCCAGUGUUGGAAGCAAGGACAUUGUUGGAUAUAUUAAUGUGAGCACAACACGAUUGGAAACCAUGUUAGGAGACACUGCUGUAGCCAUUCAUCCACAAGAUGAGAGAUUUAAAAAAUUCCACAAUCAUUUCAUUUUACAUCCUUUCGUUCCAGAGAGAACAAUUCCUAUAAUAUGUGACGACAAAUUGGUUAACAUGGAGGUCGGAACAGGUGCUGUAAAAAUUACUCCUGCUCAUUCCUUUGACGAUUUUGAUUGUGGAAAACGAAAUAAUUUGGAAUUUAUUACCAUUUUAAAUAAGGAUGGAACCUUGAAUGACCAAGUACCUCAAGAGUUUACUGGAAAAAAUCGCUUUGUAGUUCGACAAUUACUUGUUGAGAAAUUGAAGGAAUUGGAUUUAUUCAUCUCUGAAGAGGAUCACGAAAUGGAGCUACCAAUUUGUUCCAGAUCAAAAGAUAUUCUUGAGCCCAUGUUGUUGAAUCAAUGGUUUGUAAAAUGUGACACAUUGGCCAAGAGAGCUUUGGAUCUUGUGAACAAUGACGAAAUUUUAAUUCAUCCAUCAUAUCACAAACAAACCUGGAAUAAUUGGUUACAAAACAUUCAUGAUUGGUGUAUUUCAAGACAAUUGUGGUGGGGUCAUAGAAUUCCUGCCUUUAAAAUUGUCUCACCCGAUAUGACAUCCAUUCUUCAAGCAAUCUCUACGAAAAAUCUCGGCAAUACUAGAUCAUUUAUUUUUGAACGAUCCACCCAAGAUCCAUCCAUUGUCGGAAAUGUAUGGAUUGUCGCUCACGACGAAAAGGAAGCGAAUGAAAUACUUCAUCGAUAUUUGCCCAACACCAAUUGUAUAUUGGAACAAGAUGAAGAUGUUCUCGACACUUGGUUCUCAUCAGGUCUUUAUCCACUGGCAGCAUUUGGCUGGCCAAGUAAGGACGAACGAGUUCAGAAUGAUUUGCAACGUCGCUAUCCGAGCUCAGUCAUGGAGACUGGUAGCGACAUUUUGUUUUUCUGGGUAGCAAGAAUGGUCAUGUUGUGUUCAUACCUCUCUGACUCGAAAGAAAAACCUUUUCGUGAAAUUUAUUUGCAUUCCAUGGUCAGAGACAGACAAGGAAGAAAAAUGUCAAAAAGUCUUGGAAACGUGAUUGACCCUAUUGACAUGAUUCAUGGAACUUCACUUGAUGAUUUACGGAAGGGUGUCGAGAAAAAUACUAAUAUUACCAAGCAAGAAAUGAAGAAAGCUCUACAGGGCAUACAACAAGAGUUUCCAAACGGAAUUCCACAGUGUGGUACCGAUGCUCUUCGAUUUACGCUCAUUCAAUACACACAACAAGGCAGACAAAUUAAUUUAGACAUUAUGCGUGCCCAAGCUAAUAGACAUUUGUGCAACAAAAUUUGGCAGUCUGCAAAAUUUUGCUUUUCACAUUUUGAAAGAUUCAACUACACGACUGAUGGCAAUGAUGUUGACAUGGUCACCACUUUACUCAAAUCGUUUGAGUCAUUGGAUUCACAGUCGACUCAACUCGUACAGAAUCAAUGGAUUUUGUUGAAACUUGGAGAUACGAUCGAGACAAUGCGACAAUCCAUCGAUAACUUUUUAUUCAGCGAUGCUUGCAAUUCAAUCUAUCAGUUUUUCCUUUAUCAAUUUUGUGAUUAUUACUUGGAAAUGAUCAAACCUAUUUUGUACAGCUCCAAGACCAUGACACCACUCAUUGAGAACACACUACACACUCUCAAUUAUUGCCUCAUUAUCAUCCUUAAAUUAUUACAUCCCUAUAUGCCUUUUAUUACUGAAGAACUGUUCCAUUGUUGUCCUUUGAAUGGUACUAACAAUGCACUCUAUUUUUCAACACAACACAAUGAGAGCUAUGUCCCUUCGAAGAGCAUUCUCGAAUGUCCAUAUCCAACAUCAUUCACAAAGGAAAAUUUGAAAAGUCUAAUUGGUGGAUCAGAAAACAGAAAGGCCGUGAUUGAAGAUAAAUUCGAAAAGCUCUUCCAAAUUGUUCAACAACUCAGAUCCAUGAAACAAAAUCUUCAACUACCUUCAAAAACAGAACUCGUUGCUUACAUUUUCCAACAUGGAUCAGCACUUGGAUUCUCCAUGGAUGAUCACGAAUGCAAGCUUGUCAAAACUCUCUCCAAAUUCAACACAAUCGAAUUCAUCUCUGAAGAACAAUCCAAACAACAUUCUCAUCGGCUAGUUCUCACCACCACAGCCGUCACAACUCCUCAAGGUACCAUCAUGACUCAACUUGUACUUCCAGAAGAAUUCCAAUUGGAAAAGGAGAUUGACAAGUGGCAAAAGAAGGUGCAACAUCUUGCUACUAUCAAGUCCAAAUAUCUGAAACAAAUGCAUCCUAAUCUACCGUCGGACGUGAAGCAACAACUCGAAGAAAAGCUCGCUCAAAAUGAAAUUGAGACUCUUAAAGUACAAGAGACUUGCUCUCAAUUGGAGGCUCUUCUUAAGGAAUAUAAGAAAUAA